AAAGGUUAUUGAUAUGGUUAUUGAAUUUGUUUAUUUAGCGCCCUCAUUCGAACAGAAACUCUAUGAUUCGAACGGUAGCAGGCGUAAUGGUCACGUGAUAUCUGCAUUUUGCCUCUGCACUGUCUGCACCGUGCUCUGCACCGAUGGCGGACCUUCCUAGAAAUUCAAAGGACGACGAAUUAGAAUGGAUAGAGAUCGAGAAAUCAUUUCGUCAAGAAGAUGCUGUUGAGACAGCGGACCGGGCCGCUCGUAUAAAAAAUAAAUUAGCGGCCAACCCAUUUGUGCCACUGGGACUUCUGGCCACGGUGACGGCGUUGGGUGUCGGUCUGAAGACGAUGGUCAAGGGUCAGUCGAGGCAGUCACAGAUGAUGAUGCGUACACGAGUCGUCUGCCAAGGACUGACGUUCGUAGCCAUACUUGUGGGCAUCGUGGCGGGAGCACGCAAGGCGCAAGAGAAACAUCAAUGACUGAUCUGUUGUUUCUACCAAAAAGAAGAUUUCUGAUGGUAA